AUGGCGGAUUGUGGUGUUAGUGAAAUGAUAUUUCGUGUGCCUGUUGUUGUUGUUAUGGGUGCCACAGGAGCUGGAAAAUCAAAAUUAGCCAUCGACAUUGCGAAGAAAUUCGGGGGAGAGGUUAUAAGCGCCGAUUCAAUGCAGGUGUACCGAGGGCUGGACAUCAUCACCAACAAGGUGACGGUGGAGGAGGCGCAGGGCGUGCCGCACCACCUGCUGGACUUCCUCGAACCCACGCAGAGGUUCUCCGUGGUCGACUUCCGCGACGCCGCACUGCCCAUCAUCGACGACCUGGUGUCGCGGCAGAAGCUGCCCGUGGUGGUGGGCGGCACGCACUACUACAUAGAGUCGCUGCUCUGGAAGGUGCUGGUCACCGCUGGCUCGCCGGACGAGGCCACCAAGAGGAGCCAUGCAGACGACGCCGCCGCGUCCGACAGUGAUGGCGAGGACGCGGUGAGCGAGGCCAUCAUGAAACGCAGCCGCGGCGCCGGCGACCCGGAGGAGCUGCGUUCUGUGUCCAGCGAGGAGCUGCACCGCCGCCUCCAGCUGGUCGACCCCGAGAUGGCGGCCAGCCUCCACCCCAACAACCGCCGCCGCAUCAUCAGGUGA